UUUCCGGGUUAGGCCCGGGUCUGCGAUGUUGCAAAUUACCCGCUUAGCGCAACAGAUCGUGAUGGAGGGACAGGAGACAACACCAAGUUACCAGUCAGAAGGCAGCAGUCUCCUCGACCUUCCAUCUGCUUAUGACAUAACGGACAGAAUUCUGCAGACACGUGGGGCCGGGGCCAUCAGCGAAGCGUCUAGCUCUGUGGAAAAUCUUGGAUCCUUAAAUUCAUUAGCAGAGUAUUCAAAUGCCAGCAACCCAAAUUCUGAGCCAAACGACCCAGGGACCAGUGAGGACUUUUGGCUUAAUGACUCUUCGACGGCAGAAUCAGGAAAGAAGAAGGAGGAUGGACUUCGAAAGUCUCUGGAUAGAUUCUAUGAAACGUUCGGCCAGGCGUGGUUUCCUCCAGGGGACCCACUCUCUGAGGCCGCGGUCCGGUGCCUGGAUCACCAGAUCACAACCCUGGCAAGCCAGGAGAGCAAAAAAUACGCACUCCGCUGUUUUCAAAUGGCCCGGGUGAUCUUAAACCGAGAUGGCUACUCAGUCUUGCAGAGAACGUCCAAGCAGACGCUCGUCUCCCCCUUGGGAGGAGAAGCCGUGUCCCCCGAUAGAGCCAAGUCAACCCCAGGACUUUCAAAAGACGUCGCCCGCUUCCUUUCAGACCAGAUUGCGAUGCAUGGAGGCAGCGUGGCUGCCAGUGCUGAACCGGUGGACGGAGGAGACCAUGCAGAAGAAAUGGUGACCCGUUGCAUCAUUGAAGUUCUGUCAAAUGCUUUGGCCAAGCCAAAUGCUCCUCCAAUCGAUCCUGGGUGCAGAGAGAUCCUGAGGAAGAAUGGCAAACAGGAUAUCAAAGAGAAGAAGAAUGAAAAUGAAAACUCAAAAAGUGAAGCAAGACUGUUAAGGGAAGAUAAUGGGGAAACCCAGGGCCUCACGGAUAUAGAGGAAGGAAGAAAUCCUGUGGAUGAAGAAGCAACAAGGAAAAUGGAAGAGGAGGAGCAGGAGAAGGGGGGCCAGGGAAGAGACCCCAGCAAGGAAGAAGAGGGAAGAAGGCAUCAAGGCAGUCAUUACCUUCAUGAAGAUCUUCUCCAUAAAGAGCCCGAAAAAUAUCAGGGUGAAAGGAGCAUGGAGGAAGAGGAGGAAGAAGAGGUAGAAGAGAAAUAUAAGAAAAACGGGUCUAGUGAAGAAGGAAGCCAAGAGAAGCGUCGUACUGAAGCAUCGGAAGAGGUGCCCCAGGCGCUUCCGGACAAAAGAUUCCAGGCUAAAAACCCAGAUGAGUUUUUAGGUGAAUUUAAUAGACAUUCACAGAGCCACUCUAAGGAGAGAACACACAGCCAUGAGAUAAGAGACCACAAGAGUGAGGAAGAGGAGGAAGAAGAAGAGGAAGACGACAAGGGGGCCGAAGAGGAAGAAGAGGAAAGCAUCAGUGAAAAACAACUGCGUGACUCAAAAAGCCAAGAUUCCCUCCGGCACAGAUAUUCUGAAGAAACAGAUGAAAACGAAGAAGCCGUUGCCGAAGUGGCCAAACGGCGGACGAAGCCCAGACACCACCAUGGGAGAUCCAAAUUUGGUGAAAGAAGGCCUCACUAUGAAGAGAGAAGAAACACACUGGGGGAGUCUGAGGAAUCAACUGAAGAUGGGACGCGUUUCUGGGAUAAGAGAGGACGCCAUAAAAAGAAUUACUACGAGGAGCCAGAGGAGGAAUCAAAUAAUCAAGAAGAGAAAAGGAAUUAUCACAGGGGACCUGCUUCUGAGGAUCUGGAGGAAGAAAAACAUGGUGGAAGAGGAAGUGAAGAGUACAGCGAGAAGAGACGGCCCAGUGAGGAAAGCCAAGAGGAAGAAGAGAAAAGAAACUACCGCAGUGGAGAAAGUGAGGAGACCAGGUCCUUCUAUGAUAAAAUAAGGCAGCGCAAAGGAGAAGAAAAUGGAGGAGAGAGGUCCCAUGCUGGAGAGAAGAGACACCAUCGAGGUGAGAGUGAAGAUGAGCCAGAGAAGCAUGACAGUAGGGACAAGGAAAAGUAUCCCAGUGAAGACCAGUAUUAUGUAAGAGAAAACAACGGAGGCGACUCGAGGAGGCAUGUUAGAGGAGAGAGGAGAGAGCGGGACGGGAGCCACUUCAUUCAUAAAGAGAGAAACAGGGAAGAGAAGCAGCACUCGGCGGGCAGUUUUGAGGAAGAAGAUUUUGGAAAGCAGCGGCAGAAGGAAGACCGAGAGAGUGAAGAGAGUAGAGAAGAAACAAGGUUUCAAGAAAAGGAAUUCAAUACCAACCGUGCAGAAAAGAAGGACAAGAGAUUAGGGAGUCAGUUCAGCCCUUACUAUCAAAAUCUCCGAUGGAAGAACAGGCCGGUGGAGAAGAAAGACAAUCUGGAUGAAGAGUUUCCAGUGAGUGAAGAGGAAAGGAGACGUGGCCUAAACGAGCAGACUUACUUCCCAGAAUACAACGAUUAUGACUGGUGGGAGAAGAAGCCACUUGUAGAUAGAGUAAAUCAGGGGCACGGUGAAAAGAGAAAUCUUCCUCGGAUCCCCCAGUUGGGUCUGAAAAGGCAGUAUAAUAGAGUGGACCAACUGGCUCAACUUCUCAAUUAUAGGAAGAAGUCAGCUGAAUUUCCCGAUUUCUACAGCUCUGAUGAAGAGAUGAAAAAGCGUCACGUGAUUAAGAAUGAAAAGGGAAGCCUCAAUCAGAGACCUCUCACAGAGGAAGAGGAAAAAGAACUGGAAAACUUGGCUGCAAUGGAUUUGGAACUGCAGAAGAUAGCUGAGAAGUUCAGUCAUCCCCGAAGAGGGUGACGACCCACUGGGCUGUGGUGCGAUACUUCCAAGCUCUGGUAGUGUAAAACUCCUUACGUACAUACUCUUCUUGGGAAGUCUUGUUUACCCAAAGACAGAAAAUAGAGUUUACUGUUCACUAUGUGUAGUGUUUUACACGUCGGAAAUGUCUUUAUUUUUGUCAGGAUGCUAUUGAAGUUUGAAUAGCAUGAAUUUUAGCAUACAAACGCUCAUGCAAGGCAGACAUUUUAUUAUGCUUGUGACAGACCGUGUUACUGCUUUUCAGAAUUAUAUUUAUGUCUGUUUGAAAUAAUAAAAUAAAAAUAAAAAUGCUUCAUCUGUCUGA